GCCACUCAUGAAUAAAUUAAAAACAAAUCCUUUCUUUUCCAGAGACGAAUAAACAUUGAAAUACAUAAAAACCCAAGGAGCCUUCACGGGGUGGAUGCUGACAGGAUGUAUUGCUCGUGCGAGAGAUUAGAACUGGGAGACACGAUUUAAAAAUAAGGAGUCUGCUAUUUAACCUGAAAUGAGGGGAAAUGUUUCAGAGACUCAUAAAUCUGAGGAGCCUUCUUCCCCAGAGUGGAGGAGGCAGGGUCACUGAAUAUCACAUUACAGAAGCAUCAAAUAGUCAGCCAGGCUGAUGCUGUUUUAACGCCAUGGUUAGACACAGCAAGCUGCAGAAACAAGUCUUAAGUCUUUACAAACAAUUUCUCCGAGCUGCCAAGGGGAAACCGGGAUUCUUGCCUCUGGUUUGCAGUGAAUUUCGCAGGAACUCCGAAAUACCCAGGACUGAUGUUAUGCACAUCGAGUAUUUAUUGCGAAGAGGGCAGAGGCAGUUAGAACUGCUCAGGAAUUCCAACACCAAGCAACUGGCAGCUUUCAGUAAAUUCAAUCAAAAGAAUUUUGAGCCAUAAAAAUUGAAAGACUCGCUGUGAUAGCAAUAAGAGCUGCCCUGAAGACUUAAUGUUUGGAUUAUUGUAAUAUUUAUCCACAAUAGUGCAAGGUUGUAAAUUAAAUGAGUUAAGCCACAGGAUGUAAAUACAAUGCAAUGAACUAGUUUGGAAUGGUUCCAUUAAUAUUUCAAUAAAAAUUAC